AUGUCUGGAAAGUUGACUUAUCUGAUCCUUCUGGUAUCCACUCUUAACACUGUGGUUGGGACAGGUUAUUAUGUUUUGUCUUCAUCCUUGGCUCAUUUAUUUGGAUGUAAAUCCAAGUUGUAUCGGAAUGUAUGUUUUAUGAUUGAUUAUCAUGGUGUCAGUAGUUAUAUGACGGGUAGCAGCAUAGCAUGCUACUUCUAUGAUGAAUUUAUCAAACUAUUGCUGAUAUAUUGUCUGACACUCACCAUGGUGUUCUUUUAUUCGUCAAAAAUUCCUGAACGAUUUUCACCAGGCAAGUUUGAUUACUUAUUUCAUAGCCAUCAAUUGUUCCAUGUGACAG